AUGGGGCAUUCUGAAUGGGAUCACAAACGAGGACCCAGAGGCUCACAGUCUUCUGGUACCAGUAUCACAGUGGAUAUCGCUGUCAUGGGAGAAGCACAUGGGCUCAUCACAGACCUUUUGGCCGAUCCUUCACUGCCCCCCAACGUGUGCACAUCGCUGAGAACAGUGAGCAACCUGCUUAACACUCAGUUAACCUUCCAGGCCAUCCACAAACCAAGGGUGAAUCCUUUGGUGUCCUUCAGUGAGAACUACACCUGCUCCGACUCAGAGGAAUGUCCGGAGAAAGGAGAGAAACUGGCCAUUCCCAAGCGCUUACGGAGAAGUUUGCCCCCAGGACUGCUGAGACGAGUGUCCUCAACUUGGACCACAACAACAUCAGCCACAGGAUUACCUACCCUGGAGCCAGCUCCGGUGAGAAGGGAUCGCAGUGCCAGCAUCAAACCCCAUGAAUCAUCUUCAUCCAGCCCUGACUCCUGGAACAGCUCAAUUCUGAUGACAAUCACAAAGAGCAGGUCGUUCUCCACCUCCUAUGCCAUGUCUUCUACCAACCACCUGAAUGCCAAAAGGCAGAGCCGGCAAGGUAUCCCACCAAAUAUUUCACCUCUCACCUCCCCGUGCCAUUCACCAAUUCAGGGGACCCCUGCCACGAGUCCUACUGGAAAAACAUCUUCUGUGUCAUUUCCAGACUCUACAGAUACUGACACCAAGCAGGGCUUAAAGCCACACAAAGUCUUAACUUCUUCUCAGAGUGCACCUCCACUGUCAGAUCCUGUUAUCAGCCCCUCUGUCAUCUGCAGCAGCUGUGGCAGACCCUAUAACCAAAUAGAAGCUGGUGAUGGGACACUAAAUAGAAAUGAUGCUACCACACACACCCUGAACAGAACAGAUGAUCCUGCCCAAGCCACUUCUGACUACGAGACCAACAACAGCGACAGCAGCGACAUCGUGCAGAACGAUGACGAGACAGAUUGCUCCAAGGAGCAGACACGGAAGGGAUCUGUCUGUAGGUCCUACACACCUGAGACCAUCAUCCUGCAUCCCUUGACACCACCUGAGGACAAGCCUGUACUUGCUCCUGAGCCUCUGGUUAUGGACAACCUGGAUCCCCUGAUGGAGCAGCUAAAUAGUUGGAACUUCCCAAUCUUUGAUUUGGUGGAAAAAAUUGGAAAGAAAUGUGGUCGGAUUCUCAGUCAGGUAUCAUACAGGCUUUUUGAAGACAUGGGACUGUUUGAAACCUUUAAAAUACCAGUGAGGGAAUUUAUGAAUUACUUUCAUGCCUUGGAAUGUGGAUACCGAGAGAUACCUUAUCACAACCGAAUCCAUGCAACUGAUGUUCUACAUGCCGUGUGGUACCUGACAACUCAGCCCAUCCCGGGGCUCCCAACUGUGAUUAAUGACCACGGGUCAGCAAGCGACUCAGAUUCUGACAGUGGAAUCACUCACGGCCACAUGGGUUAUGUGUUUUCGAAGACAUACACACCUACAGAUGACAGCUAUGGAUGCCUGGCUGGCAACAUCCCUGCCCUUGAACUGAUGGCUCUUUAUGUAGCUGCAGCCAUGCAUGAUUAUGAUCACCCAGGAAGGACCAAUGCCUUUUUGGUAGCAACGAGUGCUCCUCAGGCAGUGCUGUACAACGACCGCUCCGUCCUGGAGAACCACCACGCCGCUGCUGCCUGGAACCUCUUCAUGUCGAGGCCAGAGUACAACUUCCUGGUCAACCUCGACCACGUGGAGUUCAAGCAUUUUCGCUUCCUCGUCAUCGAGGCAAUUUUGGCUACUGACCUGAAGAAACACUUUGAUUUUGUCGCCAGAUUCAAUGCCAAGGUGAAUGAUGAUGUUGGAAUCGACUGGACUAACGAGAACGACCGCUUGCUGGUUUGCCAGAUGUGCAUCAAACUGGCCGACAUAAACGGGCCUGCAAAAUGCAAAGAUUUGCAUCUGCAGUGGACAGAAGGCAUCGUCAAUGAGUUUUAUGAACAGGGUGAUGAAGAGGCCAGCCUGGGCUUGCCCAUCAGUCCUUUCAUGGACCGCUCUGCCCCUCAGCUGGCACACCUCCAGGAAUCUUUCAUCACUCACAUUGUGGGACCACUAUGUAACUCCUAUGACUCAGCGGGGCUGAUGCCAGGAAAGUGGAUAGAAGAUAGUGAUGAAUCAGGAGACACUGAUGAGCAAGAAGAGGAAGAAACAGCAGAAAUGGAAACUUGUGAAAAUGCCGAAUCCAGAAAGAAGAAGUUCAAGAGGAGGAAAAUCUACUGUCAGAUCACUCAGCACCUGCUUCAGAACCAUAAAAUGUGGAAGAAAGUAAUUGAGGACGAGGAGAGGUUAGCUGGGUCAGAGAAGCAAGGUGCAGAGCAAUCCCCACUGCACCAAUCUUCAGAACAAAUCCAGGCCAUCAGGGAAGAGGAGGAGGAGAAAGGGAAGCCCAAGAAGGAUGAAGAGGAGAACACAACUGUAGAACCAAACCAAUGACAAUAUUUACAGCAGUAUUUUAAGACAGAUUGACUUGUGCACAGACUCUUUCUCAAGCCAGCACAGCAUUUAGACACAACACUGUAGAAGUAUGGGAUAAUGCGCCUACAGCUGUUUAAUUUGUUUCUCUUUCCUUUUUAUGGUGAGGUACAUUGUUUAAACUCCUAUGCUCAAGGAAGCUUUCACACUGCAACACCGGCUUUUACAGACUUUCUUUAAAGAGAUUUGGGGGUGGGUGGAAUUAUAUAAAUAUAUAUAUAUAGCCAGGGUUAUUGGCUGCACACUUCAGCAAAAUACAUUUAGUGAUAUAUUAUGGUCACUGUGAUAUUUACAGAAGAAAGUUAUCUAAGGAAAUGCUGCUUCUGAAGAACAUUUGCAGUUAACAGUAAGGUACCAGUUAAGUAGCUUUUGCUCUUAAUGCUGAGGGAUAAAAGUUCCAAAGCUUUAUAUGAAUGCUGAUAUAUCCUGCCAACACAUAUGUGUGUGUGAGGGGGUGUUUGCAAGUGUGAGUGGAUGUGUGGAAAUAUAGCAUAGUUUGAGUUCUUAUUACACUAGCUGUAGCACGUGUCCCAGUACAUGACAACAAACAGAAGGCCCGGAUUUUAGAGAAUUUGUGCCCACCAGGGAAAUGGAGCCCAUUUUGAGGAGCUCUGCAUUCCCCAUAGGCCUCCAAGUCCCAGUUUGCACUCCAGCUGCAGGCAGCAGCCUUUCAACAGAGACCACGCUGGCCCAGGCUGCCAGCCUGCCCUGUCCGGCUGUGCGGGCUCCUCCUCCUCCUCUUCCUCAGCACUUCCCGCACUGCUGGCGAAAGGGAUGUGCCAGGAAGGUGUAUUUUCCAAAGGGGGUCGAGAGGGACUGUGUGACACACUGCUCUGUUCCCCUGGAGAGGACCUGGCCCUCUGUGUGAAUGGCUGUGUGGGGCAGCGUGUUUGGGCAGGAGGGAACAGAGAGCAAACGUGUCCUUGGAAGCGAGAGGCGCACUGUCAGUUCCUACCGCAACCUAACACCUCCAUGCAUCAAUGACCAAAUAUAUCAUUUAAGAACAAAGCUAAACUGCAUCUUGGGAGAGCAAAAGAAGGGGAGUGGGGAGGCCAUUGUCUCCUCAGAGCAAUGCAGGCAAUGCAUUAGGAGCAGCGUGGGGGACAGAUGCCAGUCCUGCAUCCACUGGACACUCGUGUGUCUCAGCAACCACUCACAUGACCUUCAGAGAACUCGGUUUUUCAGUGUGAGGUGCUGGAUGGGAGCAGUUUGUUGCUGGCAUUCUGCUUAGAAGCAGCAUGUUUGGUCCCACCGAUAUACAUUUUUUUCCUUUUUUCAUUUUUUUUUUUUUUUAAGAGAAAGAAAAAGAUCAGGCCUGUAAGAAGAGCAGAUCUUUUUUUUGUUUGUUUGUUUGUUCUGUUCAUUUGUUUUUCUCUGUUGUUUAUGCUGUGAGCCAAAUGUCUAUUUAAAAAGUUGGAUAUUCACUUUCAAUAUUUUAUUUCACGAUAUUAUAUUUGUCAAUGAUUAGCUAUCUAGAUGUAAAUAUGGAAAAAUUUUUAUGGGUUCCUGUAGAUAAUGAUAUCUUUAAGAAAAAAAAAAAAGAAAAAGAAAAAAAGGGAAAAGUUGUUUUGUAAAGAUAAUUUUUUUAAAAAUAAAUACAAAAACAUUUUUAUACAGUGUAGCCAUUUCAAAACCCCACAAAGUCUUGAGUAAUUUGUAUAGACCCUUAUGGGAAGCCAGUGGUCUAUAGAAUCAAGGCUUCAAAAUAUUAAUGCUCUUGGGGACUGGCCGCACCAACCAGUACCACACAAUUUAGAGACUUGUUCCCACAGAAGGAAUUAUAUACAUAAAGCUCAGUAUCUCUCAAUAAUUAUUUGACUAUAUGUACUUUUUAUACUUUGAUCCUGCAGCCCUUUACUAAGAAGAGGUUUGCUUGUGAAAGGCAGAGUUCGUAGAAGUCUUUUCUGUAUUAAACUUCUGACAUUACACUCAUCACUUUUUGCCAUUGUUACACAUUCAAAUUUCAUGAUCCUAUUGAUACCUCCCCAAAAACAUUGGAAAACAUUCUCUAUCAAAGCCAAUCAACAUGUGUGUUAUUACUUCAGGGGUUCUUUUAGCUUUGCAUUUCUGUCAGAGUGAACUUUCGCUCAAAACAGGAUUUGGGGUUUUUACUGGUUGCAUUUGCCUGAUAUGAUCCCAUUCUGGAUUUCUACUCUUAGCAGUAGAAAGUUUGCCUUUCAGGAGAGUGACUAGAGCACAGUUCUGAAUGCUCUUAUUGGCAGAACUAUUUAGUAAGUGCUUUCCACUGAAAUCAGAAAAGCAAAUUGCACUGUUAUUUUAAAGGCAAAGGACAUAGCAGAAUUCACUCAAAAGAAAAAAUGAUAUCUCCAAGACCUCAACCAGUCUCCAACAAUUCCACCUUGCACUGUUUUCACACCUCUUUAGUCACUUUGAUUGAUCAUUUUAUUUGGGUUUUUCUUGUACAAGUGGUAUGCAUACCUUAUAGUAUGGGAAGGGUUUAUUAUUCCUCAUUCUGUCCUUUAAAAAUUAAACUUACAGAGAUGCUUUAAAA